AUGCUUAAUAAUGGCCUCCUUCACUGUUACAUCAUAGUAAAGUUUCACGACUUGAAUUUCACAGUAAUUUUACCUGUACCUUUGAUAGAUCAAAAAUUACAAGAACAUCAAAGUUAUGCAUACAGUACCCGAGAUAUCAUAUAUCACUGGCAUUUGGGUGAAAGUUCGGUGACAAUCGAUGAAAAUGUUCAUUUGGCUUAUUUCACAAUUGGUGACCAUAAACAUGUUGAACGGUUCAUUUCGCUUAGUACAGGGAAUUAUUCACGACUUUCUACUUAUUUCACAUUUAAACGGAAUAUUGGCUUCUAUCUGAUACAGAUAUAUUUUCCUUCUUCUUUAAUUGUCGUCAUUUCUUGGAUAUCAUUUUGGCUUAAUCGUGAUGCUACUCAGGCUCGAGUUGCUAUUGGUGUCACAACAGUAUUGACAAUGACAACAUUAAUGACUUUAACAAAUGCCUCAUUACCAAAGGUAUCGUACGUCAAAAGUCUUGAUAUCUUCCUUGGAACUUGCUAUUUCAUCGUUUUUGCAUCGCUGCUAGAAUAUGCAACGGUAGGUUACUUAAUGGAACGAUAUCGAAGUUCAAAGGUUAACAAUGCAACAAUCACGACAACUUGCAAUGAAUUAGCUGAAAAUUCACCAAUCAUACAAAGGACUCGAACAGUGAGAUGCAGAAACUACACUUUUAAUAAUGAGUCGGAGAAUGAUUUCGAGAUACCACUUUUGGCACGAAGAUCAGAGAAUCCUUUCCGCCUAAGGCUAGCAUCUGCUAAUGAAUAUUUACAUAGUUGUUUGAGGAUACGACCAUCACAGGUUCAUAAUUUGAUGAAAUAA